AUGCAGUUACUUGCGAUUUCAAUACUGGAUUUCAGUGUAGAAAUGUACCUGGAGCAUAGUCAACAUGCUCUGAAGUCUGUGGAGAUGGCUUAAAUAUGGGCAGAAAUGGAUGUGAUGAUGGGGGUGUAGGUCCAAGAGACGGGUAUGAAUAUUAUCUGCAUGGUUAAUCUUAAAUAUGAUAGUUGCGAUUUGAAAUGUAAUGUGGAAACAGGAUGGAAAUGCACAGGAGGAGGAUCGACAGCAUAGGAUACUUGCACUGAAGUUUGUGGAGAUUCAAUUGAUUGGGGCACAUUAGAAUGCGAAGAUGGAGUUUUAAAUUCAGGAGGAUGUGAUAAUAAUUGUAAACUUGUGACAGGAUAUGAUUGCUAAGGUGGAAAUCCCAUUAAGGCAGACAUUUGUUUUGAUAAAUGUGGUGAUGGAGUGAACCUAGGAAUCAGAGUAUGUGAUGAUGGAAAUACAGUUGGAGGAGAUGGUUGCGAUAGAACUUGCAAUAAAGAGGAUGGGUAUGCUUGUACAGCACCUCUAACGGGUAAAAGUGUGUGUACUGAGAAUUGCGGAGAUGGUUUUAACAUGGGAACAAAUUAUUGCGAUGAUAAGAAUACAUAGAGUGGAGAUGGAUGUGAUAAUAGCUGCAACUAAGAGCUAGGUUGGAAUUGCGGUACUGGAAACUUUGCUCAUUUCGACAAUUGUUUUGAGGUAUGCGGAGAUGGUAGAUCCUUGAAAACUCUAACACCAAUGGGAAAUAUGUGUGACGAUGGAAACAACUACAAUAAUGAUGGAUGUGAUGCUGAUUGCGUUCUAGAAUAUGGAUUCGAAUGUGUCGGUGGGGAUCUUUACACCCCUGAUAAAUGCUCAGAAACCUGUGGUGAUGGUUAUAAUAUUGGUCUCUUAUGGUGCGACGCUAACACGCUAAGUGGGGAUGGAUGUUCAAGUACAUGCGAAAUAGAAGCUGACUGGAAAUGCAGUGGAGGAGGUUAUUACACUGAAGAUUCCUGCACUGAGAUCUGUGGAGAUGGUUUAGACUUCACUUAAAAUUUUUGUGAUGAUGGAAAUACAGUAAGCGGUGACGGAUGCAACUCAGUUUGCAAUAUUGAAAAUGGGUACACUUGUGAAGGUGGAUCUCCUACAGGCCCAGACCAUUGCUGGAGGCCUUAUCCUAGAAUAGUGAAUGCAACUUUGAGCAAAAAUAAUACUGUAAUUACUUUGACCUUUAACGAAACAACUUUCAUGAAAUCAACUUUUACUAAAGAUGACUUCUUGGUAUAUGUUUCGGGACCUCGUGACUUAUACUCUUACUAUAUUGAUGUUCUGAACCUAAAUUAUUACAGAGGUAGAAGCUCAGGAUUCACAACUUUAGAAGUAUAAAUAACCUAUAAAAAGUCAGGUCAAUUCUUUGGCUUGAAUGCUGAGGGCAUCAUAUUUGCUGUCAGAGACUGUAGUAAUUUCUACAAUUACAGAGGAGCUCCCUUGAUUUAGAAUGUCUGGGUGCUUUAUGCAAAUCCAAGGGAAAGUGACUAUAAAUGUGAUUUGGAUGGACUGUGGGAAGCAUCUUUCUGGGUCUUGGUAAUAUACUUCAUGCUUAACUUCUUUGGAUUUUUCUACGAGAUUUCUAUGAAUUUCUUUUGGUGUCUUGCCUAUUGCAUUCAGAUUAUCAGUCUGUUUCCAUUGAUGCAGCUUUAUCUGCCAUCUUGUGCAUCUUUGUAUAUCAAGGAAGUCAGUAUAGCGAAUGGAGACAACUAUGUGAUCUACUCAAACUUCCUUGGGAAUACUUUUUGGGAUAUGGAUCUGACUCCUUAUGCUACAACCUUUUGGUAUGGAUUCGAGAGAAAUGAUAUCUUUUAAAAUCAAAACGCACUUUUCAUAUAUAGUGACGCUGCUGAUAUACUGAACUGCUGGCUAUGCGCUGUCUUGCUCCUGUUUUUCUUCAAUUUCAUUAAGGCUUUGCUGCCUUAGUAUCCUUUCUUUGUCGAAAUGGAGAAGAGCUACAGGUCAUUCGCUUUUUAUAGAGGAAUACAGGCUGCUUUUGUUGCGUUCCCAGUUUAUCAUACUUACCAAGCAAUUUAGUAUCGAAAAGCACUAAAGACUGAAAAUCUAAAAGAACUGCUUAAAUUCAAAUGGUUUCUACUCUUCUGUGAGUACUCAACCACUAGCUUCGUAAGGUACUUCUACAUGUGGGCCUUUUGUCUGAGAAGAUUUCUGAUCACUAUAAUUAUCUUGACUUUGUAAUCCUCAACUUUAUGGCAGUUGAAUCUUUUAAUGUUUGUAAACGCUCUCGCCUUGAUUCAUCAUUGCAUCAGCAGGCCUUUCAAUGAUGUGCUUUUGAACGCUCACACUAUUAUCAACGAUAUAGGAAUACUCAUAGUGCUGGGGGGCUCUAUAGAUUCAGAUAUCCAUUUAUCCAAGAUGCCGAGUUGUUGUGCCUGUUGUAAGAAGUAUCUAUGCUGCAAGAAGAAGAUCUAAAUGAAGGAAGGCUUGAUUAUUGACCCACUCAGAGAUAUAUCAAUAGCAACUGUAGAGGAGCCAAUUAAGGAGCCUACACCGAUACCGACUCCACCAAGGACACCAACGCCGAUCAGAACUCCAACUCCACCAAGAACACCGACACCACCAAGAGAACCUACACCUGAGAGUUCAGAGGAAGAAGAGUAUGUGCUUCCAGCUGCUGCAGUGCUGGUCAAGGACUGGAAGUUUGAGGGAGAGGGUGAUGGCUUUGGUGACACUAUGGCCGGCACCCAAGCUGCAAAUUAGUGGCAAGACUAAAUUUGCAGAUAACCAGCUCUCUUCAGCAUUUCCCUUGCUGAAGCAACUCAAAUGGCAUAUCAAUAUGCUCCUUCAACCUACAGCUACCAGUACUCCCCCUCAUAGUACGCAUAUGCUUACAAUGACUACAGCUACGCUGAAGGUAGUGAUUUCUCAAGCGAGUACUCGCCAUCUUAUAAUUAUAAAGAUUCAUACUUCUCCUACAGCUAUACCGAGUCUCCAACUUAUUACAACUACAAGAAAGACUACGCCUAUACCACGUAUUACAACUAUGUGCCAACUUUCUCUUACACUUUCAAGAACUAGUAUACAUACAACUAUAACUACAAUUACAAAUUCAACAAUGAGGCAACCUACAAUUAUGAGAAGAACUAUAACAACAACUAUGCAACUUACUCAUACAAUUAUGCAAAGGAUCUUGUUACCUACGCCUACAACUAUCUCUUGACAUUUGCUGAUAAAGACUACAGCUACUCAUUUGAUAAUUCUUAUGCUUACAGCUACAAGGACUUUAAAUACAGCGACAGCUACACCUACAACUACAACUUUAACUACAAGGGUGAUUCUUAAGCUUAUUCCUAUAUCCAAAAUUACAACUUCAAUAAUUACAAGUCCAACUUCGCUUACGAUCAAGCCUACACUUACAACUACAACUUCAACAACUACAAGUCAGACUUUGCAAACAACCAAGCCAACUUUUUUAGCUAUAACUUCAAUAAUUACAAGUUAGAUUUCGCUAAUAAUUAAGCUUACAUUUACAGCUAUAACUUCAAUAACUAUAAGUCAGACUUCUCAAACAAUGAAGCUUAUGUUUAGAAAUACAACUUUAAUAACUAUAAAGCUUCAAACUUUGCAUAUGACCAAGCUUAUUCCUACAACUAUAACUACGCUAAUGCUUACACAUUUAGUGGUCUAUCAUACACUUUCUCAGGCCUCGGAAAAUUGGCCAAUCUUGCCACAUUUGCUUACUCAGCCUGA